AUGGCUACGGGUUCAGUUAGUAAGCAGUACAUGGCGAAUCUUGUAGUGAUCUUGCUCUUCCUCUCCUCAUCAUCUCUCUUUGCAACUUCACACAUCUGCCACCCUGAAGAUGAAGAUGAAGCAGCCUCCUCCUUCAGCUACGUUUGCCACUCAAACCUCCAAAAGUGCCACACUUUCGCCAUCCUCAGAGCCGAUUCUUCUCUCUCCAACCUUAGUUACCAUCUCGGUCUCGACUCCUCUGUAGACGCCGACGAGUUUGUUCCACAAGGUCAGUUACUCUUGAUCCCAAUCGACUGCAGAUGUAACGGACGGUUCUACGAGGCCCAUCUCAUCAAAACUUGCGUCAAAGGAGACACCUUUCGCUCUGUCUCUCAGUCUCUGCAAGGCUUGACCACGUGCUUAUCUAUCAUAGAGAAGAAUCCACACAUUUCCGAGGACAAACUCGGCGACAACGUUAAGCUGCGUUUGGCCAUCAGGUGCUCUUGUCCAGAAGAAGGCGUUUCAAACGCUAGUUUUCUCGUCACGUAUCCCGUGAGCCUCCGCGACAGCGUUUCCAGCCUGGCGCUGAAGUUCAACACAACAGAGGAUGCUAUUGCCUCUGCCAACAACAAAUCUGGCGUGGUUCCACUCAAGCCUGCUCUGAUCCCUCUUGACCACAGACCGGUUCUUGAUCAGUUGGCCAAACCGGGAAAGCCGCCAGGAUCACGGAACGUAACCACCGAGAAUCUCCAUAAAAAACAACCAUCCAAGAAGAAGCGGUCAAAGAUGAAGCUCAUGAUCGCUGUGAGCAGUGCGAUUGCUGGAGUCUGCGGUCUUAUCACUCUCAUCGUGUUUGUUUACUUACACUGGAAGAAAGAGACGCGGAUGCAAACGCAAACGCAGAACUGGAUCAGCAACAAAGACCCCGAGACGCGGCAGCUGAGUCUGAGCAUCCGAACCACUAGUGACAAGAAAAUCUCGUUCGAAGGGUCACAGGACGGCUCGAUAUUGGAUUCUCACAACACUGUUGGCACCACCACACCACGAAAACCAGUUCUGGAGAUUUACGCAUUUGAAGAGUUAGAGAAAGCCACUGAGAAUUUCAGCUCAAGCAAUCAUAUCAAAGGUUCGGUUUAUUUUGGUUCGUUUAAAGGCAAAGACUUGGCUAUAAAGCAAGUGAGUGCAGAUGUAAUGAAAAGAUUCGAUUUUGGGCUUCUCAACGAUCAAUCACACUACUAUAACCACAAUCUGAUUAGGGUUCUUGGGACCUGUUUUAGAGAAAUCGAUCAGGACUCUUUUCUGGUUUUCGAGUAUGCAAGGAAUGGGUCCCUGUGGGAUUGGAUUCAGAACAAAUUGGCGAUCAAGAAUCAAUUCAUCGAGUCUUGUUACUGCUUCUUGGCAUGGAAACAGAGGAUCAAGAUCUGCCAUGAUGUCGCCAUCGCGUUAAAGUAUAUGCAUCGGAUCAACUACGUCCACGGAAACAUCAAGAGCACAAACAUAUUCUUAAACGAAGAUCUCAGAGGUAAAGUCGGAAAAUUUGGGAUGUCAAAGUGCGUAAACAAUGAAUUCGCGACUGAGGAGAACAUUCUACAAGGUUCGCUUUCUCUAGCUACUGACAUAUUCGCUUACGGGAUUAUGGUAAUGGAGGCUUUGUCAGGACAAACUCCAGAGAUGUUGCUUGGAUUGCAAGGAGAAGAAGAGACAACAUCCCUUGGGACACAAGACACGUGUGUUUCCGAAUGGAAGAGAUUGAGAAGGGUUCUCGGGGACAAGGAAAUGCUGAGGGAAGUGAUGGACAGCACACUGGGAGAUAGUUACUCGGUUGAUUGCGCAUUUGAAGUCGCAAGUAUUGCAAGAGAUUGUACUAGAGAAGAACCGGAGUCAAGGCCGAGUGCGGCUGAGAUUGCAGAGAGGGUUUCAAGACUGGUGGAUGACGACGAAGACGAAGAAAAUGAAGCGGUAAUAGAGAGGGAAAGUACCUUAAUUUCAGAGAGUUCAUACAAGCCUUUGGUAAAGAAGACUAGUAUAGACUAA